AUGGAUUUCAUCAAGUCGGUCCUGCCACCCGGCAAAGGUAUCUUGCCCUACUACAUGCUCAUUCUCUCCGUCGUGUCCAUCGGCAACUCCCUGCAGGCCUACCUCACGCUGCACUUUUCCCGACGCGUCUACAACGGCCGGUUCGUGCCCAACCCGGCGCUGCACAGCAAGGCCGCAACGACCGACGGCCGCGACCCCGAAGACCGCACCGACAAACUCGUGCCCGCGAGCAACCCGCAGGACCCCCGAGCGGCCGACCAGCUGACGCCGCUUGCUGGCCGUCUCUUUGGCACCUGGACGCUCAUCACCUGCAUCGUCCGCUGCUACGCCGCCUACCACCUGCACAUUGGCCCCGUCUACAACAUUGCCAUCUGGACCUACGUCGUCGCGCUGGGGCACUUUGCCAGCGAGCUGUUCAUCUUCAAAAGCAUGUCGUUUGGCGUCCCUCAGCUAUUCCCCUUCUGCUUAGCGACGACGGCGCUGAUCUGGAUGCCCACGGUUCGCGACUACUACGUCGAGUUCAACUAG